AUGAAUUUUGCUUCGGAAACUCAAAAUGGGGAAGAGUACUCUCAAGAUGGUGAGAGGGCAAAAAAGGCUAGGUGUGACUAUGUAGUAUGGUCAGAGCAAGAGAAUAGAGAGCUACUAAGGCUUUUAGUGGAGGAGGUGAAGAAUGGCAACAAGAUGGAUAAUGACAACUUCAAGAAAUAUACCAUCACACAAAAUGUGUUGCCAUUCAUGAAUGCUAAAUUUGGAAGAACUUUUAAAUUUGAUCAUGACCCAAUAUCUCAAAGAAUUACUUGCUCUGUUGAGGUGUGGGAAAAUUACAAACAGGCUCGUCCUAAUACACCAAUGCUUAAAGAUAAGUUGUUUGAAAAAUUUGAGGAUAUGCAGAUGGUUGUGGGUAGCCACUCAGCUAGUGGGAGAGCAGCUGGAGGCUUAGGUUGUGAGGGUGUAGAGAGUGCACCAUUACAUAAUGCAUUAGGUGAGGGUAUAUUGGAUGAUGACAUUGGACUUGAUGCUAUGGGUGAAGCAGAACCUACCCAACCACCAGUAGAUCCUCCACCACCUCCCCCUUAUAGCACGCCAGGUCCUACCACUCCCGUGGCUGAAUCUGUUCCAUCAACCUCUAGCACUAGCAGAAAUGUUCGUAGAGCACCUCCCCGCACCACCACCUCUGCAUUGUCUCAACCCGCCGUGCAAGAAAUGGCGAGUGGAAUUACAAUUAUAAGUAAGGCUUUACAAGAGUUAGUCACAGAGGUGAGGUUGUUGCGAAGCCGCAACCAACCGUGGGUCGAGGGAGUGGCUUCAAUUCCAGAAUUUACCGAUGGAGAACGAUUGACUGUCCUUAGUCAAAAUAUUUCUCAAGACGUGAAGGAUAUGUUUGUGAAGAUGAAUGAUGAUCAAAGGAGAAGGUUUAUGAUUUGGCGUCUGACUGGAGUAUUUCCAAAUGACGAUAAUUAUGCUUAUUAA